AUGCCAAGCAGUGUGGGCUCCAGGAAGGAGAAGGAGAAAGACGAAAAAACAGAAGAAGAGAAGGACUUUCUGAAGCUCUUUGAUUUUGUGUGCACAGGAGACCUGAAGAGCCUGCGGAACGCCCUGUGCGUGUACGAGAUAGAGCACGGGAAGGUCUUCGAUCUCAAGAUUGUAAAUAAGCACGGGCUGUACCUCAUACACUCGGCAGCAUACUACGGGCAGAAAGACGUCUUGGAGUUUCUUCUAUCCUCAGUGUGCGAAGUCGAUGAAAAAGACAUAACGCUCUUCGAGGCCAUUGCAUCUGACAACAUUUCCUUUGAAAGCGUUGAAGCAGACAAUGUGUCCUCUGCCUCGUACAUGACAGCGCCUGCUGUCUUUGGGCACGCCAAGCCCAAUACGAGCUUCAUAAACAUCCGCUCGCUCGACCAGCAGGCCACACCCAUGCACUUUGCAGCACUUGGAGGAAAUAAGAACAACAUUAUCCUGUAUUUACUGGCAUGCGGAGCAGAUCCCAGGCUGCGCGACAGCAAAGGGCUAACACCGCAAGAGCUCGCCAAGGCCCACGGCCACAAGAAAACAGAGAAAACCAUCAGUAAGUACAUCCAGACCAUCAACAAGAAAAUAAAGUAG